AUGGAUAACUCUGAUAAUAAGUUUGGGGAGAUGACUGUAACACUAGGGAGGAUUAUGACAAGAGGUUUAAGGAUAAGUCGGGGCUUUACUGAAGUAGAGAUGAGGGUCAUUCAAGAGGCAUUCAUGCCAUUGAAGAAGGCAGCAGCUAUAGCAGAAGCUAGACUUAAGGCUGAUGCUGUCCGUCGAAAGAAGGUUGAGGCUGAGCCACCAGUAUUAGAGAAGUGGGGGAAGUAUGGUAGGACUGAAGCAAUGGUGAAGAUCAUAAGGAAGCUUGGAGUACCUCAACAGCUUUGGUCUACUUUCCUCGAUCUACUAGGGGAAUACCGUCCCGUGUACAGCAAUUCUCGUACGAAGGUUGGCUUUCGAAAGCCUCUGAAUGAUAAGAUAUCAUCACCAUUGGGUGGUGAUCUCGUCGAGGACGAUCAGGGCAAGUUCGAUGCGAUUAGCGCCUGGGAUUACAUCUUUAGCUCCUCCCAAGGGAUCAAAAAUGAUAAGGCACUACAAGCACGCUUUGUAGGAUGUACUAAGCUCAAGUCUUGGUCUAAGGCAGCUAUGGAGGAACUUGGUUCAAUUAGCCGUAAAAGCCCUUCGUUAAAGGCUCAGGACUGUAUCGACUUUGCCUGUGUAUAUCUUUGGGAGCUUGCUAGAGGUCUAAGGAUGGAUUCGGAAAGAGCUGAGGAUACUCCUAAGAAUCCAUUCCAUGACGUGAUGUUCAUACCCUUCACUUCGGUUGAUAUCGGCUUAGACGGCAAAGAAACACUUCCUCUCAUAGGGAAGGAUGGGUAUACUAGUCUGAUAGAGGAAUUUGAGGAAAUGCAAGUUAAAGCAAGUCUACAAAGUGUGUUUGGUAAAUUCCCGAACCCACCAGCCCAAUCGACAUUGACAUUAGAAGAUGUCUUUAAGAAGAAGUUGGAUGAGCUCAUAGAGAGGAUUAAUAACUUCACUAUCAUUGAUUCGAAUACACAUGAACCGAUUACCAUUACUUGGUGGAAUCGUGAGACACACGAUAGGGCUCUCCUAGCAUGUGUGAUGGUUCAUGGUAUGCCUAGUGGAUGGGAUGAUGAAGAGGUCUUAGGCAGCGAUCAAUUACCAUUCUUUUAUUGGGCUCGGCAAUUCAUGCUUGCUACUCAGGAAGACGGAAAUAAUAGGAAGAGUCGUCGAAAGUGCAAUGAUGGUUCUAUUAAACAAGAAGGGAGUCUGGCAUACAAAGCCUAUCACUACCUUAUGGAUGUUAUCAAGCCUGGGAUGAGAGAUCGUAUAAUGGGUAUCAUUGCUCAAGUUGAAUUAGCUGUAAAGAAUAAAGCAGCUAAGGCAGCUGCUAAGACUACCAAUCACCACCACCACCCUCACCAUCAUAACACAGCUCAGCAGCAGCAGCAGCAACCCUCUAUGGACCUGAGUAGACCUGCUCAUGGUCUAUCACUCGUCUCUAUGUCCUCUACCAUUAAGGGUACAUUCCCUCCACCAACUGAGCCCUUCCCCUACUCUACUACUACUACAAAUCCUUCAUCAUACAGUAACCCUAUACCUAAACGUAAGAGGCAAGAUCUUGUGGCAGAAUCGGCCGCUAAUGAUGAGAGGAGAGCAUCCAUACAGUCUCCGGAUCUAAAGCGUUCACGGCCUGCUGCUGCUCUCGAAUCAAGAAUGGAAGAAGUUAUUGAGAUCACUGAUUCCUGCUAA